CCAGCAGGUGCACGCCUUGUGCAGCCCCAACCCCAGCCUCAGCAGAUGGGACAGCAACACGUACAACAUGGUCAGCCUGGUCAGCCUGCCCAGUGUGGAACGGCAGGAGCAGCGCCAGGACCACAACGGCAGCCAAUACCGCCAGGCCAGCAGCCAACGACCGCGAUGGACACAGACAUCCAGCAGGGCGGACGAGUCCGACGUCGUGGCCUGGCCGGGGCAAGGGUGCGUCCACAUGGUGCAGCGGUCUUUCCGCGCCGGAAGUGCCGGGUGGAGAGCCAGUUGGAAGUAUUCGAAGUUCAGCGCGCCGGGCGUGUCGAGCGGCACGCCGCUGAGCCUGACUGGGCGAGCUGGGCACCUCACGGUCUACUGGGCCGGCGACGGGAAGGUCCACACCGUGGACGUGGACAACCAGACAGGGACGGCCACAGUUGGCCCACUGCCCCCGGCAGUCCCGGUGUACCGUGGUACUCCUGUCCACGCCUUCUCUGGAGACGGGGGGUCCGCCGGCAUAGUGUGGGCUGGCGACGGCGGGGUGCACCACAUGCGCUCGGAUGGCAAUAUGUCCACUUCCAGGU